AUGUCUUUAUCCUCAGCAGCUAGAGCUACCCCAGCCUUGAGGGCACAAGCUUACAAAGCUCUCACUUCUACGAGAGCAUUCAGUGCCACUUCCAUAAGUUCCGAAAAGACUUUGAAGGACACAUUUGCUGACAUCUUCCCAAAACAAGCAGAAGAGAUCAAGCAAUUCAAGAAAGAACAUGGUAAGACCGUCAUUGACCAACUACUACUGGAACAAGCUUACGGUGGUAUGCGUGGUAUCAAAGGUAUCGUUUGGGAAGGUUCCGUGCUAGACCCUGAGGAAGGUAUUAGAUUCAGAGGUAGAACCAUUCCGGAAAUCAAGAAGGAAUUGCCUACCAUUGGUGGCAGCUCCGAACCAGUCCCAGAAGCUCUUUUCUGGUUGCUAUUGACCGGUGAAGUCCCAACCGAAUCUCAAGUUAAGGCUUUCUCCGCUGACUUGGCCUCCAGAUCUGAAGUUCCAGAACAUGUCUUGAAGUUGCUGGACAGCUUACCAAAGGAUUUGCACCCAAUGGCUCAAUUGUCCAUUGCCGUUAACGCUUUAGAAACAGAGUCCAAGUUCGCUAAGGCUUACGCAAGAGGUGUUAACAAGAAGGAAUACUGGAGCUACACUUUCGAAGACUCCCUAGACCUGCUGGGUAAGUUGCCUGUUAUUGCAUCCAAGAUCUACCGUAACAUCUUUAAGGAUGGUAAGAUCUGCCAAGUCGACCCUAACGCCGACUACGGUAAGAACUUGGCCCACCUAUUGGGUUACACUAACAAAGAUUUCGUCGACUUGAUGAGAUUGUACUUGACUAUCCACUCCGAUCAUGAAGGUGGUAACGUUUCUGCUCACACCACACACUUGGUCGGUUCCGCUCUAUCUUCUCCUUACCUAUCCUUUGCUGCUGGUAUGAACGGUUUGGCUGGUCCAUUGCACGGUCGUGCCAACCAAGAAGUUUUGGAAUGGUUGUUCACUUUCAGAGAAGAGGUCAAGGGUGAUUACUCAAAGGAAACUGUUGAGAAGUACCUAUGGGACACGCUGAACGGUGGUAGAGUUAUCCCAGGUUACGGUCACGCCGUCCUAAGAAAGACAGAUCCACGUUACACUGCUCAACGUGAAUUUGCUCUAAAGCACUUCCCAGACUACGAGUUGUUCAAGUUGGUUUCUACCAUCUACGACGUUGCUCCAAAGGUCUUAACCAAGCACGGUAAGACCAAGAACCCAUGGCCAAAUGUUGACUCCCACUCCGGUGUUCUAUUACAAUACUACGGCCUAACUGAAGCUUCCUUCUACACUGUAUUGUUUGGUGUUUCCAGAGCAUUCGGUGUUCUUCCACAAUUGAUCAUCGACAGAGCUGUUGGUGCUCCAAUUGAAAGACCAAAGUCUUUCUCCACCGAGAAGUUCAAGGAAUUGGUAAAAUCUAUUGAAAGCAAGAAAUAA